GUAGCUGUACACAGUAGCUGUAACAAGCUCCAUCAAGCUCCAGACGAGACCCCCAAUUCCUUCCAUCCGGAAUUGACCAACAUUACUUCCCCAUAACCCUCUAUUUCUUUGUAAUUAUUUGUUUUCACAAGAUACCCUCACAGCCAUCAUGGCUGCACCUGAAAUCCCCAAUCUCCUCUCCAUGCGCGGGAAUCGCUCGCGCGGCGGUGGACGCGGUAGAGGGGGGUCCUCCAGCGCAAGAGGCGCGGGGCCAGACAGGGACAAAAUGAUCCGCGAGACAGAUACUGACGCCAACGGUUCCAGACGUAGUGCAGUGGCCUGUGGCUAUUUGGAGGACCCUUAUGUGAGCGAAUUCGUCGCUGACUUAGGCACUGAUUCUCCUGCCCUGCGCAUGCCCAUCAUAAACAGAGGAACCUAUGUCCGCACCAUAGUACUCGACCGCCUCAUCGAAAACUUCAUCAACGCGCACCCCUCGCAAAACGUGCAAAUCAUCUCCCUCGGCGCCGGCACCGACACGCGCUACUUCCGCUACCUCGACCGGGGCCACAAAGACCAGAUCCUCUACCACGAGCUCGACUUCCCCAUCAUCUCCGCCAACAAACUCGCCUUCGUCAAUCGCUCAGACAAGCUCGCGCCGCCGGGGAGCGAGUUCAACGCCCUGCGCGCGGUGCCGGAUCAUGAGCCGGAGAAGAAGAUGUGGGGGUACUUCACGGAUGGUGAGAAGAAGGCUGGGUACCUCUUUCACCCGGUGGACCUGCGAAGUCUGCCAGCGGAGAUCGAUAAUAUACGCACCGACCUGCCGACGCUGCUUGUCUCGGAGUGCUGUCUAUGUUACCUCACGACAGAACAGGCAGACGCGGUGCUCAACUUCUUCACCUCCCGCAUCCCAACGAUAGGAACCGUGAUCUACGAGCCCACGAACCCCACCUCCGCCUUCGGGCGCGUCAUGACCUCCAACCUCGCCGCGCGCAACCUCGCCAUGCCCUCCAUCUCCACCUACGACUCUCUCGACGCCCAACUCGAGCGCCUGCGCGCAGCAGGGCUGGAUAUGUUCCAAGAAGGCGCGAGUAUCAGCUGGCUGUGGGAUAAUUGGAUUGAGGACGAGGAGAAGGUGAGGUUGGGACAGAUGCAGAUGUUUGAUGAGGAGGAGGAGUGGCGGUUGUUGGGGAGGCAUUAUUUGGUUGUUUGGGGGGCGAGGGAGCAGAGGGAGACGGAGGGGGCGUUUGGGGGAUGGGAUUUUUUGGAGGGGGAGGAGGAGAGGAGGAUUAGGGAGACGGGGGAGGAGUAG